CAUCGAGAUCCGCACACUCGUCACCCUGAAUAUUACCGGAUAUAGCUUUCUGUCACAUUCAGGUUUCGGAACGGAAAGAUGGUUGGAGUCGGUAGAUCAGCACAUGCUCAAGCGCUGCUCGGAAAGAAUGCUUUCAGCAAGAUUCGUCAUUCCAAAGUUCUCGUCGUAGGUGCAGGCGGUAUCGGUUGCGAAUUGUUGAAAAACCUGGUCCUCGUUGGUUUCGGUAACAUCGAGAUUAUCGACCUGGACACAAUCGACUUGUCCAACUUGAAUCGUCAAUUCUUAUUCCGUAAAGCGGAUAUCAAAAAGUCGAAAGCGCUUGUGGCUUCCGCAUUCGCCCAUCAGUUCAAUCCUGGUCCAGGACCUUCCGAGAAUUCUAGUGUCGAUGGACCUGGAUCGACAGGCGGCGUAGCUGUGGACCCGGGCAAGGGAGUCAACAUCAAAGCGAGACACGGAAAUAUCAAAGAACCCGAAAACGAUGUCGAGUGGAUGAAGGGGUUCGAUCUGGUCAUGAGCGCGCUCGAUAACAUGGAUGCCCGGCGACACGUUAAUCGACUCUGCGUAUCCGCUGGAGUACCUCUGAUCGAAUCGGGUACCCAGGGUUAUCUCGGUCAGGUCACCCCGAUGCAAAAGGAUCGAACAGAAUGCUACGAUUGCGUCAGCAAGCCGACCCCGAAGACCUUUCCUGUCUGUACAAUCCGUGCCACCCCUUCCGAGCCUAUUCACUGCAUCGUUUGGGGCAAGAGCUACCUACUACCUAAGCUAUUCGGGGAAGACGACGAGGCUUCGGACGAGGCGGAGCUAGAGAAGGCCAAAGCGACCGAUCAGGACGCUUCGGUGGCGGAGAUAGAGGAGUUGAAAAAGGAGGCUGCAGCUUUCCGAGACGUCCGCAAAGGCCUAAACGAGGAAGAUGGGGCUAAAAAGACAUUCGAAAAGGUAUUCGGCGAUGACAUUCGACGCUUGCUCAAGAUGGAAGACAUGUGGAAGGUACCCGGCCGAGUAAAACCCGUACCUCUGGACUACAACACCAUUCUCGACGGCUCGUUCCGUGUACCACCUCUUGCCAAGGCUGCCUCGGCUCCCGGUAAGGAAGGUCCUGUGCCUGCCUCAACAUCACAGGUCAAUCCAGCGCCCGCUACCAGUGUUCGCCAAGACAAGUUAAAAGAUCAACAAGAAUUGUCCAUCAAGCAAAAUCUGGAGCUGUUCCUAGAGAGUUGCAAGAAGCUGUCCGCACGCGGCAUCUCUAGUCCUGGAACCCUCAUCUCCUUCGACAAGGACGAUGACGAUACGCUUGAUUUCGUGCUUGCCACCGCCAACCUGCGUGCUACCGCUUACGGAAUUCCAACCAAGACCCGAUUCGAGGUCAAGGAAAUGGCGGGCAAUAUCAUCCCGGCGAUCGCGACGACCAAUGCAGUCAUUGCAGGUUACAUCGUCAUGCGAGCCAUCAACAUCCUGCAGAAUGACUGGAGCAAAUGCUCCAACGUGUAUCUCCGAGGGGACCCAGCUCGAUUGAUCGCACCCAUCGCGCUUCAACCGCCCGAGGACAACUGCGGUGUCUGUGCAGACGUAUACGUGCCACUCGCUUGCGAUGUGGAACGUUUGACCCUGGGUUCCUUCGUUGGAGAGAUCGUCAGGUCUUGGUUGGGUUGGAACACCAAUGAUGAUGGCGAUCAGAUGGAAAUCGCAGUCUACGAGGACAAGCGACUUCUAGCUGACCCUGACUUUGAGGAUAACUACGGCAAGACGUUGGCCGAUUUGGGCAUCACAAGGGGCAAGACGCUAACCGUAACCGACGAGGACAACCUUUAUCGCAACGUCAACUUCUCGAUCUGCGCACUACCUGCCUCUGCCAACUCAACCUUCCACUUGCCCUCGAACGCGCCGCAGGUCCCGAGGCGACCCAAGGCUCCGGAACCUGCACCAACUUCUUCCGUGCCUUCUGUGGCGGGAACCAAACGUUCGGCGGACGACUUUGACAUCUUGAGCGCUAGCUCUAGCAAGAAGCAGAAGUUGGACGCGAACGGGGCUGCCGGCAGUAACGGAGACAAAGGGCCCAACGGGCCGAUCGACCUCAGAGACGAUGAGAUCGAGAUUCUCUAGCUCUAAUGAGGACUGCGCAUGUGUAACGUUGUGGUGGUAUGAGGGUAGACAUGAAUGUUGUACAAAGAUUUUGUGAUCCGUAGGGAAAGGUCGGACAUGGUUAAACGAUAUGAUAGAGGUCCACCUGCGCGC